GAGGGAAGGGUUUGUCCCCCGCCUGCUCCGCUCCUGGGGCACCCGGUGCCUGUGCCCGGGGAGGCAUCCGGGGCUGUGCCCUCUGGGGACAGGAGCGCUGAGCCCGCCUCGGCGGGCGGGAUCACCUAGCCCCGGCGGGGAUUGGCCCGAGACAGCCGCGAGCUGUGACUUCCCCAGAACGGGCUGGUGUUGUAUAAGCAAGUUAGAAGAUGGAUAUCAGACCAAACCAUACCAUUUAUAUCAAUAAUAUAAAUGACAACAUUAAAAAAGAUGAACUGAAGAGAUCCUUGUAUGCACUGUUCUCACAGUUUGGUCAUGUAGUAGAUAUUGUGGCUUUAAAGACAAUGAAAAUGAGAGGACAGGCCUUUGUCAUAUUUAAAGAACUUGGAUCAUCUACCAAUGCUUUGAGACAGUUACAAGGUUUUCCAUUUUACGGCAAACCAAUGCGUAUUCAGUAUGCAAAAACAGAUUCUGAUAUGAUUUCCAAAAUGCGCGGUACAUUUGCUGAUAAGGAAAAGAGGAAAGAAAAGAAGAAGGCUAAAUCCCUGGAGCAGUCAGCUAAUGCAGCAAAUAAAAAGCUUGGUCAGGGAACAACACAGAAUUCUUUGAAUGUCCAAGGGACUUCAUCACAGAAUCAACAGGUGCCUGAUAAUCCACCAAACUAUAUACUCUUCCUUAAUAACUUGCCAGAAGAGACAAAUGAGAUGAUGCUGUCUAUGCUAUUUAAUCAGUUCCCUGGCUUCAAAGAAGUACGUUUAGUGCCUGGGAGACAUGACAUUGCUUUUGUGGAGUUUGAAAAUGAGGGACAGGCGGGAGCUGCUCGUGAUGCUCUCCAAGGGUUUAAGAUUACUCCGUCCCAUGCAAUGAAAAUCACUUAUGCUAAGAAAUAACCAUGGAUAUUAUCUUAAAAGGACUGUUUUGUAUAACAUGAUACCACCUUUUUGGCUAACUAAAAUUGUUUUUAUUCUUUUGAAGAAGAGCAAGGAGACAUUUGUGUAAAACUGUAAGAGUUACUCAAGUAGGACAACUGUAGGAUUUCCACAUCUGGCAGAUAGUAACUUGCUCUGCUGAAAUCCUAACUUAGUAAAAAUAAAUGCUAUUUUUAUUUUGUUCUAGCUA